AUGAUGAAUUCUCUGGCGACGAUGGACGAAAACGUGUUUCUAGAUAUCAUCUCUCAUUGUCCCUCGACAGAGAUUGCAAAAUUCCGUCUGCUAAACAAAGCCUGCAACAAACGAAGUUAUGAGUUCUUCUUCGUUAAUCGUCAUCUCCGUAGAACCAACUCUGUUUUCGGCUAUUUUAUUCAGAGCUACGAACGGUUUAAGUAUCGCUACCGUUUUGUCUCCGGUGUCGAAGAAGAAGCUCCUGAAAACAACGGAAUUUCGCUCGAGUUUCUUCCUUCGAAAGAUGUAAAGAUCGAAGCUUGCGAUACACGUAACGGGAUUAUGCUCUGUGUCGAUGAUAGUAAAUAUAAAGGAGGAAGAAGAAUACCAGAUUACAUCGUUUGUAAACCGGCUACGAAGCAGUACCGGAUCAUACCAAACCCAAAAACCCGGUAUUUCACUAUUGCAACCGGUUUAGUAGUGAUUCAGUCGAACCCGUUUCGGUAUAAGAUCGUUAGGGUUUCUAAUCCAAAUGCACACGAGAGAAAGAAGACGAAGGAAGGUUUCUACAAUCUCAACUGCGAGGUUUUUGAUUCUGACUCGUUUGCGUGGAAGCGAUUGAAUGAUUUGGAAUUAUCGUGGGGCGAGUUUCUCGGGAGAUCAGAUAAACCGGUAUUGUCGUACGGGUUCUUACAUUGGUUAACGACGGAAAAUAAUGUAAUUCGGUUCUGUAUGAGAACAGAGAGUUGGUCUCUCUUCCCGGUUCCGGACGGUUUAGCAGAGGAUAGGUGUCUAGCUUUGGUCAGCUACGAAGGAAAGCUAGGUCUGUUGAUUUCGAGAGAUGAAGGAGAUGAUGAUGGUUUAUGGGUAUUGGAGGGUAGUUUUGGAAAGUCAUGGGUAAAUGUGAAGGAUGUGAAAAUUUCAAGGGCACAAGGAAGAAGUUACGUUAAACCCCUAUGGUUCCCAAGUAGCGACGUCGUAUCAGUGGUGGGUUGUGAUCGGCUCGGUUUCUACAACAUGAAUAGCAAAAAGUCUCGAUAUUUGCAUAUGACGACUCAAGGUUUCUUUCGUCCCUAUGAUCACUUGGCCAAAGAUUACUUUAUUCCAUUCUACUCUAACAAAGACAAUGUUGGUUUGAAUAAUAUAAAGAUUCAUCAGAAACGAUCAGACAAAAGAAAAGAUAAGAAGAAGAAAUCGCAAGACACAAUACGUUAA